AUUCUUGUGUCGCCCCCUUACACAUACUCGAUACAUCCAUUUUAUCAAAUCUCUUUCUUUUGGGAGUUACUGUUGCAAAUGAUCUCCUUUUCAAACAAUCUCUGUGUAGUGUGUUGCUGGGGCAGAAUUCUUAAUCGUACACCUGGUUGGGAGACUGAAAAAAAAAGCACAGUUUUCUAUGGUCAAAAGCCUGAAUAGCCAUUUAUAAUAAUGAAAUUACUGAUCUAAUCUCUGGUCUUUGUUUCCCUAGGACCUAAUCUCUACUCUCAGCUGCCUGGAGGGCAUAUUCACUACUUGCUACUCCAUCAGUGCUGCUUCCCCCAACUCUACCCUUCAGGGUCUGCACUGUUGCGCCAUCCAGGCAUGGGCAUUGCUGCUUACGAUCUGCCCAGCCUCACAGAUCCAGAAGGUCUUAGAGAAUCAUAUGCCUCGUUUGUCUGGAGUUCUUUCCAGUGAAAGUGUGAGUCUGCGCAUUGCUGCUGGAGAGAGUCUCGCCCUUCUGUAUGAGCUGGGCCGUGACCUGGAGGAUGAUUUCUUCUAUGACGACGCUGAUGCUCUGUGUCUGACCCUAAAAGCUUUGGCCACAGACAGCAACAAAUACAGAGCCAAGACUGACCGGCGAAAGCAGCGCUCCAUUUUCAGAGAUGUCCUGCACUAUAUAGAG